AUGGCACAGGCUACGAGACAGUCUUCUCUACAAGGAGAGCUGGAGGUAGAAGUUGAGAUCAGAGCUCCGGCCAAUCAGUACCACCAGUUGCUAGUUGGAAGACCACAAGAUGUUCCUAAAGCCACGCCUGAAAACAUUCAGGGAUGUGAACACCGCGAGGGAGAGUGUGGCAAAGUUGGCAACGUCAUCGUCUGGAACUAUGCCAUUGAUGGACAGCCAAAGGUGAUGAAGGAGAGGAUUGAGGCACUGGACUCGGAGAAGAAUUUGAUGGUGGCUAGGGUCAUUGAGGGAGAUCUAAUGAAAGAGUUCAAGAGCUUCGUUGUCACUAUCCAGGCCACCCCGAAGCAAAGAGGACCUGGAAGUGUGGCUAAAUGUCAAUUUAAGUAUGAGAGGAUUAACGAGAAGGUGGCUCCCCCGGAAAAAAUGAUCGAGUUCUUUGUCAAAGUAUCCAAAGACAUGGACGAAACGAUUAUGUCCAAAGUCUAG